CUGCCUGCCGGAGCUCACCUGUACAACCGAGAGUAUAUUUAAGAAGCGUGCCAUCCGCUGCGGAGUAGAUCAUAGGUCUUUUCGGGAACUGAAGGAGCUUUCCGAAUUUCAGACAUAGCAUUAUGAGCAAAACCUGGUUAAUCACCGGCGCAUCGUCCGGGCUUGGAGCCGCGCUAGCUCACCAUGUCCUCCGAGCAGGACACAAGGUCGUCGGUGCGGUGCGGAAUGUAUCCAAGGCGCAACAGACCUACCCUCAUUUCGAGGAAAUAGGAGGCGUGUGGGCAGAACUUGACGUGACGGAUCCCAAGACAAAAGAGCAUGUUGCGUGCCUCUCCCGCGAACAUGGGGGAUUUGACGUGGUGGUGAACAAUGCCGGGUACUCCAUCCUGGGCAGUAUUGAAGAUAUGAAUGAGACCGAAAUACACCAGCAAAUCGACACCAACCUCUACGGCCCAAUCCGCGUCAUCCAGGGCUGCCUCCCCUCCAUGCGCGAGCAGAGGACCGGGUGCAUCGUCAACAUCUCUAGCGUUGCGGGCCUGAUCGGUCGUCCCGCUACCGCGUUAUAUUCCGCCAGCAAGUUUGGCCUCGAAGGUCUCUCCGAAAGUCUAGCCGCAGAGCUCGCCGAAUUCGACAUUCGGGUGCUCAUCGUGCAGCCCGGCGGCUUUCGCACCGGGUUUCUCUCCGCUUACGUGAAACCGGCGGCGGGGCUAAACCCGGCGUAUGAGGGCAAAGCGCUGGGCCAAGCAAUGCAGCGUUACGAUACUGUCGACGGGACGCAGCGGGGUGAUCCGGAGAGGGCGGCGGCGCGGAUUUUUGAUGCUGUCGAGCAGCAGGGUCUCUGCGCUCAGACAGCUUUGUGUCUCCGCAUGCCGCUGGGGUCGGAUUGUUAUACGGUGCUGCGGGCUAAGGUUGAUGGGCUGAAAGAGAAUAUGGAUAAUAUGGAAGUGAUUGCGCAUAGUACGGAUUAUACCCAGUGA